AUGUCUUCUCAACGUUCAUCACCAUUAAUGCUUGUGCGUCCAUUUCGUGUUCGUUUAUCAAUUUUAGAUCUUCGAACAUCUCAAUCAUCAAAUACAAAUGAAACAUCAACUAUAAGUCCAUCAUUAUCAUCAUCACAACGUCGUUCAAAUAUUAAUAAUCCUCUUACACUUAAAUUAAAUGAAUUUCUUAUUGAACAAAAUAAAUAUACAACUAUAAAAAAUGAUUCAAUAGCAAUAUCAGAUCGAGAUAUAAAUGAUCGAGAAAUAAUUCAACGAUUUCUUCAUUCAAAUAAUGAAAUUGAAGCAAGAAAAAUUUUAGUACAAAUGUGGAAAGAAUCACGUUUUUGUGAUUUAAUGCUUGUUGUCGAUGGAAGUGAAUAUUUAGCACAUCGAAUUGUUCUUGCUGCAUUUAGUCCAAAAUAUCGGACAUUUUUUCGUGAACGUCGUACUGAUUUUGUUACACGUACUCAUCUUCGACAUACAUCACAUAAAGGUCUUCAACUUGUUUUAAAUUUUUUAUAUACUGGUAUUCAUUUUAUGAGAGAAAAAAAAAAGAAAGAACUCAAAUAUAUAAAUAUAUCUUCAGGUGAAUUAACUUUAACAUUUCGUAAUGUAAAUGAUAUUUUAAAUUGUGCAAAAGAACUUGAUAUUGGAAAAAUUUUUGAAAUAUGUGAAGAAUUUUUAUCAACAUUUGAAAAACGUCAUGUAUUUCGUGUGCUUGAAUUAUCAAGACAUUAUGGAAUGAAAAAAUCUUUUUAUGAAUCACAUUAUUAUUUAUCAAAAAAUUUUAAUCAAUGUAUUAAUAUGAAAAAUUUUCUUCAAUUACCAUAUACAACUAUAUCAAAUAUAUUAGCUGAUGAAACAAUACAAAAUCGUGAUGAAACAAUUGUUUUAAGUCGAAUUUUAAAUUGGAUUACAUCAAAUCAUGUAGAAAAUAGUCAAAUUAUAAUGAAUUUAUUUAAAAGAAUUCGAUGGAAUAAAUUAGAUUAUGAACAACAACGAGAAUGGUUAACAGCAAGUCAUGAAUUAGCUGAAAAUUCAAAAUUAACAUCAUUAAUUAAAGAACAAAUGACUUUUGCUUAUGAAAAAUUUAAUCGUCGUUCAAGUUCAACAUCAAAACCAAUUGAACAAAAACUAAAUCUAAAUGGUUCUGGUAGUCGUCAAACAAAUCGAAAUAGACAUCGUUCUUAA